AGACGGGAGGAGCCAGCUGACGGCCGGCAUGUGACGUCACUAGCGGCUUGUUUACGGUAAGGGACGAGGACAUAAGGCCAGAACAACCAUGGAGGGUGUAGCGUCCGAGGUCAGCUUGAAAAUACGGUCUGCAAUUAAAGCCAAGCUUGUUGAACUGGGAACCUAUGUAGAUGAAGAACUCCCAGACUAUAUCAUGGUGCUGGUUGCCAAUAAGAAAACAAAAGACCAGAUGGAUGACGACCUGAGUCUGUUUUUGGGUCAUAACACAGAACGCUUUACAUCUUGGCUCCACCAUGUCCUGCAGAAGCUCAAUGCUGCUGCACUCUUACAAGGCACUGGACCUACCACAGAGCCAGGAAGAAGUAAAGUUACUCCACAAGAAGAAGCCAAGAAGAAAGAAUCUGAGGAUGAAAAGAGGAAAGAGAAAGAGAAAGAGGAGGAAAAGAGAAAAGAACGUGAAGAAGAGAAGAAACGACUAAAAGCAGAAGAGACAAAGAGACUGAAAGAAGAGGAAAAAAGAAAAGGUAAAGAGAAGGAGAAAACAGAACGUAAGAGGAAGUCAAGUGAGAGGAAAUCAGGUGAGAAGAAAGAGAAGAAACUAAAAAAGUCAGAAUCACCAACUUCUCCAGAAAAAAUCACAAAAGAUAAGAGACUUGUGAGUGAGGUAGUCAAGCCUAUCAAGGUUAAAGAGGUGCCAAAGGAGAAAGAAAAGCCCAAACCUCCACCACCAAAAGAGGACCCAUUAUGCAGUUAUGAGAAGAGCAUUCCAGCUGCAGCAGAGGUGGCCCCAGUGCAGUCAAGCUUGGAUGUGUCCCUCAAGAAGAUUAAGCCUCUGGUAAGGGGUAAGAUUUCCUCUGCAGAUAUCUUCCGAGCAGAGAGUCAGGCUGAGCAGAAGAAGGAAGAGGAGGAGGAAGAGUUGGAGGAAGACCUGCUGGUGCUUAGAGCAGAUGUUGAUGAAUUAGGUCUGGAGCUGGAGGAUGAGCCCACCCCUAGGAAGAGUAAGCAAGAGCAGAUUCACAGGGCAGUCCAGCUCAGAGCAGAUGGGAAGCAGGAGAGCAAAGUAGAGGCAAAGGUGGCUUCUAAGGCAGAGGCAAAGGUGGUUUCUAAGGCAGAGGCAAAGGAAAAGGCUGACCACAGGGACAAAAUAGAAUUAAGAGAAAAAGUAGACUACAAAGAAAAGACAAAGCCAAAAUCUGAACUUGCUCCUCCUCGAAUCUCAGCCAAAGAGAGACUAGGAGGCUUAGUUGCUCCUAGACCUGGGGCAUCUCGAGACAAGCCCUCAGUCUUAGAUCGCCUUGGCAGCAGCACCAGUGGAAAGCAUAUGAUUAAUUUACGGGAAGAAUCUAGUGGUCCCAUGCGGCCAGAGUCAUCUGGUGCGCACAGCCAAGGAGUGGCAAGAGUUGUGUCAAGUGCCAUCACGUCAGCUCAUAGAUCUGUGUGUGUGCUGCCGUCUUCAAAUUCGUCUGGCAAGAAGUUAGAGGCACGAGUGAGACCUCUCAUGUCAAGGCAAAUAGAAUCUAGUCAUGUUGGUGUAAGCCGAGGAGUGUCAGAAGAAGCCACAGCUAGUAGUGAUGAACAUGUGAGAGAGAGCAUCAGUCGUCCCUCUGGGAGAGUAGUCUCAGCCGUAGGAGCAGUCUUGAAGCGAACACACUCUCAGGCUGACUCUGAUGAUGAGGAGUAUGAUCCUAAGAAGCCAGGUCUGAGUGGUGUGGCCAGCAAAGUUGAGGUAACACCACGUCCUAGGCGGCCUCGAGCCAUCCAGGCCAACACAGCUCUCAUUCUGCGGGCCAUGGCUGAUGCACACAAGUCUGUCAACAGGCCAUCACAUCACACAAGAGAAAGAGAAAAGGUGGAAAAACAGAAACCAAGGAAAAAGCAUAAGGGUGAACUUUUCAGUCGCAGCUACAGGAAAAGAGAGGAGGCAGCAAGACAGAAAGGUAGCUCUGACUCACAUAUGGAGACACAAGAGGCAGUCACAAUUCGCAAAAUAGCAAUCACAGUUCCCAAUGCAACACAUAAAGAGGGUGAGAAACAGGCAAAGCAAGAGAAGAAAAAGGAAGAAGAUGAAGAGGAGGCAAUGGAAGAGGAUGAGGAAGAAGAGGAAGAGGAGGUUAAAGUUGCAGUUUCAGUUGCUAUGAGGCCACAUAUUCCUGAAGCACAAAUAGAAGCUUCCCCAAAGAAUUCUAAAGAAGUUGCAAUGGAAACUCAUGAAGAGGAGAAGGCACAAGUUUCAGAUAAUGAUUAUGGUAUGGAAGAAGUGGAGGAGGUGGAGGAAGAAGUAGUAGAUGAGGGCAUUGAGGAGGACCAGCCACCCAUCCAGCACUCUCUUCCACCAGCUAUUGUAACCAGUGGGGAAAACACCAAGUUCAUAGUGACCCUUGAGGGUGUGGAUAACGAGGUAUUUCCUGAGAAGGAGGAGCCCUUGAGCAUCAGGUCUCGUCUAGGUGUGCGUCCACCACCAGCAGACACUGAGGAACAAGUGGAGGAAUACAUAGAAGAAGUUGAAGAAUGGGAAGAAGAGGAGGAAGUACCUGAGGAGUUAAGUGUAACAUCUGGAGUGCCAGUAGGUGGGCUUGUGACCGGUGUGAAGGCUCGUCUCAAGGCAGCAGCCACCCCAGCCUUGCCACUGCAACCUGGAGGUAGUAAAGAGAGAUGCAAGUACUGGCCCUUGUGUAAGGCAGGAGAGGCUUGUAUUUAUCACCACCCAACUGUAACUUGCAAGUCCUUCCCAGCAUGUAAGUUUGGUGACAAGUGUCUCUUCAUUCAUCCCAACUGCCUUUAUGAUGGAGCAUGUACCCGUAUAGGUUGCCCUUACACCCAUGCCAGCUCCCGCAACUUUGCCAUGGUCUCAGCUGCAGCUCAAAAACACAAGGCUGUGCCCCCAACAAGGACAACAAAGGUGAAGUGCAAGUUCUUCCCGAAGUGCACAAAUUUGUCAUGUCCUUUUCUUCACCCAAAAGCAUGUUACUAUGGUGCAGCAUGCAAACAAGCAAACUGUCCCUUCACACACCCUGCAGUGCCCAUGGGCGCCAAGCUCAAGUGGGUUGCUCCUAAGGUCUCCACCUCUCAGACUUCUGCCACCACCACCACCACCACUGCUGCAGAUAGUAAGGAAAUAGGGAAAAAAGAGGAAAAUUUGAUUAAUAAAUAGUGUCGUUUUGCAAGUAAUUUUUGCAUAUAUUGAAAACAAAAUGUUUGUAAGAGGCUUCUUAUAGACUCUGUUAAGUUAUAAUCUAGCAGAUGAUUUAGGAGCUUCUGAAAUCACUCAAAGUGCUUUUUAGUCACAUAUGAAGUGUGAAAAUUUGGGGUUUUGUUAUUUGCAAAACUGCAGUAAAGCCUUUCUAUAUAAAUAUAGUUCCUUUUGGAUCCUUUAUUUAUAUUAUAGAAGUGGCAUACCAGAAUGAACUUCUACAAGUAUUUAGAUGAUGAAUUCUGUGAAAAGUAUUUGCUCCUAUCUAAAGAAAAUAUUUAGUAAUUAUAUAAAUUAUAAUGCACUGCAUAUAGCCCUUUGGUAGGGCAUGUCUAUGGAAAGGCUGUGAGCUUUAAGAAUGAAAUGUCAAAUAUUCCUUUUCUUUUUUUCCAACUGGAAGUGUGUUAGUCACAGAUGCCUUAGGAUGUUGCUACAAGAUUUGCUCCUAAUGUAUUAUUCAAUUCAAUUUGGAUCAGUGUUUUUGUUGUGCACUAAGGACAUUAAUGUAUUGAUGUGUAAAAAUAUAGUAAUAAAUAAGUAAACUAAAAGAAAUCUUAUGUACUAAUCAUUUUCUCAGGCCAUUGUUUUUAAGGCAUUGUUUCUUAUCAGUAAUACCCUUGUUCCUGAUACAUAUUCUUGUUAUUGUGAUAGAGUGUUGAUGAUACCUAGCAGUAUGAUGACAAACUGGAAUUUGACAAGUACCUGUUUUGUUGUGCAGGUAUUUCUCGAUUUAUGCAUACUUAGAUUGUAUGAUUUUGAAAUAACAAGGUAAAACACCUAAUAAUUUUUUCAAAUUAUGUGAAUUAUUUUGAAUAAUAUGAUGUCAAGAUGCUUUGCUGGUAUGGCAAAUGAGAUUCCGCAAAAUGUUUGUAUGGGUUGCUAUAUUGUCAUCACAGCUGAUCACAGCACAGAGGCGCUUCACCUCCCAGGACAGGUAGUGAUGCAUGAUGAACAUCCUCAGGAAAGUCAGUGUGUGCUGUCUUGCUGUCAGUUAGACAUCAUUACUAUAGGAAUGAUGAUUCUUUCUUUAAUCCAGCUGAGAGGUGCACAAUAGUGUUUUAUAUAGGAUACGUGCUGCAGGGACCACAGGGUGCAUGCCCGGUUACUCUCUCAGAUGCAGCCCUUCCAGGAACAGAUUAAUCUAAUAUAAAUUGAAUCCUUUGGGGAAAAUUAUGUACAGUUUAGUUCAAUAAUCAUGUUCACUUUAUGUGAUUUUUACAUAUGCGAUCCCUUAAGGAACAUAUCCCUUGCAUAAAUCGAGAUAUCUCUGUAUCUUCAACAUUUACUGACUUAUUGAUUAAAGAAUGUUCUAGGUGGAGGAAGAUGUUAAGCAUCUGUACUGAUGUGUGUAUGUAAUGUCAUGGACAAUGAUUGUAGGUGUUACCUUUAGCUGAGUGGUUAAAGUGCUAAAGUGUGCCUGCAAGUGAAUGUCUCAGGUUUGAUUCCUUGUGUGUGUAGGUUCAGCUUCAUACUACAUAGGCCUUUUGUUUCCAUUGAUUUUGUCAAAGUAUCCCAAGGAAUAACUUUAUUGUGGUAGAAGCAGUAAGAUUAGUUGCAUAAUAAGAAUGAAAUUCACUGCUACAUUCAUGAUGACUGUCAUGCAUAUUAUUGUGAAGAAAAAUAUUUUGGUCAUUAAGAUUUGAGCCUGAUUUUUUUUUAUGCUGGUGUUAGUAAAUUCCAAGAGCAAACACCAACAUCUUAUCUGAUAUUUUUUAGCUUUGCAAGUGCAUUUUUAACCUCAAGGAAAUAGGAUGGUAUUAGAAUAACAAAACAAACAACAUAGAAACAAUAUAUAUAUAUAUAUAUAUAUAUAUAUAUAUAUAUAUAUAUAUAUAUAUAUAUAUAUAUAUAUAUAUAUAAAUUUGUGAUAGGUAAGCAUGUACCAGCUAAUUAUAGCCAAGCUGAUGUAGCUUACAAUCUUUUUUCCCUGUAUCAUAUUAUAGUCUAUCUUGUUUUUAUAAGCCUUCUGUGUUAAAAAGAAUUCAUGCUAGCCCAAGCUUGAUAGGCCUAGUUAGAGGCUUAGAGCAUAUGGAAUAUUUCUCAGCAAGAAUAACUAGAAUUGAUGUUUUAUGCAUCAAAAAAGAAACAAAAACUUUAAGGUGAUUAUCAUGUGAAGAUGCUGUAACCUUUUGUAAACCUUGGAAAUGUGAUCUAAAUUGGUAGCUUUUUUAAUCUGCAAGUGAUCUGCAUUAUGUAUGUAAACCCAUAACUCGUAUUGGUAAAGGAACCUAAACAUU